AUGCAAUCAAUAAAAAAAAUUGAUUAUUUGAUAUUUUUUUUAUUUUUAAACUUGCUUAUUUCUUCAACUUUUGGUUUUGUUGAUUGUGGAAUACUUAAAUGUGAAGGAGUUGAAAGAGAAGUUUGUGAAAAUAUGGGAGGUCGUUUUUACCCAUAUGAUCCAACUGUUGGAGCAUGUUGUUCAUUUUGCUUAAGUAAAGAUGGUCUUCAAUUAAAUGCCUAUACUCUAGAAUGGAUCUCCAAAUCUACAUUUGAACCAUAA